GCUUGCACUGCGAGCGUGGUUUAGUGAAUAGUAAGAUGACCAGCACCAACAACAUGCUACGUUUGUCAACGAUAUGCCUUCUACUGGCAGUGGCAUUAGCGCAGAACGGCUACGAAUACAAUAAGCCAGGAAAGCCUUUUGGGCAAAAUACAUCUAUUCGGCCAGGCUAUCCCUCAAGUGGAUACCCAAGUUCGACACCCUCAUAUCCCAGUGCACCUCAAAAUGAGUACCCUGGCACUACACCUUAUCCUUCAGGUAUAUCUACAGGAGCUAAUUAUCCAGGACAAGGCCCAUCGGGACCUGCAAGUUACCCGGGUCAGUCUGACAAUAACUAUCCCGGACAAAAUUACCCAGGAUCCACUGGACCUUCGGGACCUUCAGGAUAUCCAGGACAGCCCGGAUAUCCCGGUCAAAAUUAUCCAGGACAGACAGCUCGUCCAACCACACCAGGAUUUGGGCCAGGUUCUGUGACAGGAGCCCCAGGAUUUGCACCAGGAAACUCAAACUUUGGACCAGGUGCACCCGGAUUUGGACCUGUAGGAUCAGGAUUUGAUUCGGGAGCAUAUGAGGGUGGUGAUUAUUCUGCUAUCCCUGGAGAACCUGAUAAAGACUAUCCCAUUUUGUCGUUUGUUCCCAAAACAUCGUUCCGAUGUGAUGCUCAGCCUUAUCCGGGGUAUUAUGCCGAUGUUGAAACUCGUUGUCAAGCAUUCCACGUGUGCGCUAAUAACAUAACAUAUGACUUUCUUUGUCCGAAUGGAACAAUCUUUUCACAAGAGGUUUUCGUCUGUGUUUGGUGGAACCAAUUUGACUGCAACUUAGCUCAAAGUUUAUAUGAAUUAAACGCAAACAUAUACGACUACUCCAUCAUUGGAUCUCAGCAACAACUUUCUUAUCCUGGAAGUCAAGGCCCCUCAUAUCCAGGUAACCAAGGCUCUCAAGGUUCUUAUCCUGGUAAUCAAAGUCCUCAGGGUUCUUAUCCUGGUAAUCAAAGCCCUCAGGGUUCUUAUCCUGGUAAUCAAAGCCCUCAGGGUUCUUAUCCUGGAAGCCAAGUUCCAUCAUACCCAAGCAGUCCAAGCCCGCAGGGUCCCUCAUACCCAGGACCUUCUACAUCUUAUCCGGAUCAUUUUGGGAGCCAAGGACCAUCAUCCGGAUACCCUAGCAGCCCUUACCCACAAGGAACAACCCCGUCAUAUCCUGGAACUCAAGAUGCCUCGACAUACCCCGGAACAAGACCCAACACCAGGCCAGGUCAACAAGGAUCUAGUUCAUAUCCAGGUAGCUCAAACUAUCCUACGAUAGGACCACAAAACAAAUAUCCAUCUUCACAAGGAAAUUAUCCUGUGCCGCAAAGUACUCCAGGAUACCCAGGUUCACAAUCGGACCAGGGUUAUCCAUCGGGAAGACCUUCAGGACCCAGUUUUCCAACUGGUACAACCAGACCCCAAGGCCCAAAUACGGGGUAUCCUCAACCACCAAACCGAGAAUACUUACCGCCUAGAAAAUAAGUUCACUGUAACUAAUUACCGAAUAUAUUAAGCAAUUCGUUUUUGAGCUCCAUUUAGCCGAACUAUGAACGGAAGACUUAACAAGGAUAAAACUUAAAUACAGCAAUAUUUAUUUAACAGCACCUUAAUUCGUCAGGCGCAAAAUUUCCUUGUUGUUCUUCUUACUGCCACAUUUUAAAUAGAAAUUAUUAAGAAAGCCAGUAGAGCACAUUGACAAACGAAAGAGUUGGUGCUGUGUAUUUUAUUUGUGCUAUAGAAUAAAAACAAAGUAUUAAACUUAUUAGUCGUAAGUUAAAACGUAAUAUGUAGUACUAAGUUUAUAGUUAAUUUUCACCCCAUAUAUUGUAUCUAUA